AUGGUCAAGCCGCUCACCUUCAAGGGCGACAAGAAGCCGAAGAAGAGAAAGAGGGAGCACAGGGGCGACGGGGCGGCCGAGGCGGACGACUCAGGCAACCAGGUCGCCACAGCCACAGCCAGCAGCAGCAAGGCGGCCAGGGUGGCCGACGAGGACAAUGUCGAGAACGACGACAGCUGGGUCUCGGCCGACGUCGUGGGCGACGUCUCGGGCCCGGUCAUGUUCGUGCUCCCGACCGAGCCGCUGACGGCCCUGGCCUGCGACGCCAACGGGAAGGUCUUUACGCUGCCCAUCGAGAACAUCGUCGACGGCAACGCCGCCACGGCCGAGCCGCAUGAUGUGCGCAUGGUGUGGGUCGCGAACAAGAUCGCCGGCACAGAGAAUCACAGGUUUAAGGGGAGUGCUGGGAAGUUCCUCGGCUGCGACAAGUACGGCAUCUUCAGCGCCGUCUCCGAGGCCGUCUCCCCGCUCGAGUCCUUCACCCUCAUCCCCACGGCCGACACGCCGGGGACGUUCCAGGUGCAGACGCUGCGCGAGACGUACCUGACGGUCAAGGCGUCAACCUCAUCACGGGCAAACGCCCCGCCCGAGGUGCGCGGCGACGCGGCCGACACGUCGUUCGACACGACGCUGCGGAUCCGCAUGCAGGCGCGGUUCAAGCCGCGCCUGAAGGCCAGCAAGGAGGAGAAGGCGCGCGAGAAGAUCAGCCGCCGGGAGCUGGAGGAGGCCGCGGGCCGCAGGCUGGACGAGGACGAGGUCCGCGUGCUCAAGCGCGCGAGGCGCGAGGGGGAUUAUCAUGAGAAGUUGCUGGAUCUGAAGACUAAGAACAAGCACGACAAGUACGGCUGA